UCUUAUUUUCCUUCUGUAAAGCCAAAACCAAAUGUCAGAAAAGACCUCCAACACCCUCAAGUCCACCUCUCACCAAAAAAAAACUUUCACCCCAUACCAGGCAGCAGGAGUUUCACUUUCACACUGCUGCAGGAAAAUGCAAGAUAACCAGGAAAGCAGCAGCUGCUCCCUCACUGCCCCGAUAAAAGCAGAAGCAGCUCUCUCCAAAAGAGCCGGGGCUGUUUGGGCUGUGCGGGACUUCUCCGAGCCCGGGAGCUGCGGGGCCCCGAGGGAGAAGCCAUGGCUUCUCAGGAGGACACACAGGAGGGGGAUGCAAAGGCCCAGCUCCUGGCAGAGGCGUUUGAGAAGGAAGGACUGGAUGCUGCAUACUGGCUGCCCAAAGCUUCACAGAUCCUGGGAAUCAAGUGCAGAGAAGCCCUGCAACAUCUGGAAUAUGAAGAUUACCUCAAGCUGGAGUGUGAGGUACGACAUCCCUAUGAGAAGAAGGCACUACAGAAACUCCUGAAAAUAACAGAUGACAAAAUGACCACUAAAGAGAUGCAAAAGGAGCACUCGGAGAAGACAAAGCAGAGACAAGAAGAGGCCAAACAAGCCCUGAAGGAUCUGACAGAAAUGCUCAAGAGCCGCAGCCACAGCCAGGAUGCUGUGAGGGUGAAAGCAGAGGCUCUUUGGCAAGCCAUGGAGAUUCCCAAAGAGUUCUGGCCACCACCAGAGAAACUCUUGGCAUAUCAGCUGGAGAACAUGCAGAAGCAGCUGGAACAGCAGGAGCAGUCAGCAGGUGGGAGGGAGAACAUCCCUGACAUGGAGGUGAGUCAGGAGCUGUCGCCUGAGCAGAAGAGGGAGCUUUUUGUUUUCAUGGAAGAUGGCAUGAAAGGCUUGUGGUCCACACGGAUAAAGAAUCCCCACCAAAGCCACAGUGAAGAUGAAGACUGGGAGAGUGUGGAAGGGGACUUGGACUCCUUAAUCAGCGAGUGCUUGGAUGACAAAUGGGAGGAAGAGAGGAUGCAGGACAUACUCAGAGACCUGGAAGACACUUUUCCAACACCUGAGGCCCCCGGUCAGUCCCAAUCCAAGUCAGACAGCAGCGAAUCCAAAGAAAAGGAAGCCAUUGCAAACCAGGAGUUCCUUCAGUUGCUCAAGCGCCUUGGACUGGAAAGUCACUAUCCAAGGAAAAUGGGGUUGGGAGAUUUCCACACCAUUGGCAAGACAUCACUGCAGGACAGCCAGCCCAGCCAGGACAAGGAACUGCCAUUUUACUUCUUGCAAAAGCUCUUAACCGUGGAUUACCGGGUGAGGUACCUGACUUGCCGGGAAAGGAGCAGCCCAGACCUUGCACCUGUGCCACAAACCACAGAGCAAGAGGAUCAACAAUCAGACUCCUUUGAACAAUUUUUUAAUGAUUUGGAGGGAGCCUCCCCUGAACGUGCAAGCAGGGACAGCCACGUGCACCCCAUGGACCUGCAGAUGGCCAUUUUCCAUUGUGCUGAUGACUUCCUGAGACAGACCCUUGCAACCAAGCUGGCAUUCUGCCAACUGGCGCUGCCUCUGCUGGUGCCCAACCCGAGCACUUCACGCAUCGAGUUCCCACUCUACGCCCUCAGCCAAAUCCAAAGGAGCUGGAAAGAGGCAGACAAGUCAGCAAAGCAGGCUGGAACAAAGAGUUACAGCAACAAACUCAUCUUUCAGGCACAGACACCCAUCGUGUCCUUCAUCCGCAUUGGCAGCUCAGCCUCCUCUUCCAAAUCCCAGCUCCUGAACGCUCUGCUGAGCAAACGCAAACACGACACUUUCUUCCACCACCACUGCAGAGGCAGCACCAGAGAGCGUUUGCUGAUGGAAGGGCUGGUGGAGAUCGCCUGGUACUGCCCUGGCAGAAACCCUGAUGACGCCUUUGAUUGCUGCGUGGCUUUCUGUAACCUGCAUGGAGACGCCAGGGAUCACGGAGCACAGCUGCAGUUCCUGCAGGAGAUAUCUGCUGUCAAUGUGGCUGUUGUAUCUGAGUUGGAGCACAUGGACGACAGGGGGAAAAAGCUUCUGAAGGACCUGUGGCAGUCAGAAAGGCCUUUGGUUUGUCUUCUCACGGAAAAAGAGGAUGUUGCAGCUGGACCAGCCAGCAAAACCAUAAAAAUAGGGAUCAAGAACAGAAACGAAGCAGAACUGAUGGACCAGCUGACCAAGACAAUUGGGAAUCUCCUGGAAGGGUCUAAUCCAUGUUUCAGCCUGGAGGCCUGCGUGGACAAAGCUCGCCAGCAUGGAUUCAUAGUGGAUGCAGAUCAACCCGCGUGUGUGACAGCCAAAGGAAAAGCAAAGGAGCUGGUGGAGCUUCUGAAGAAAGAGAAGCUGUCAGAGAUCAAAUCCCAGCUGCUGCCGCUUCAAGGAAAACUGUGGUACCAGUGGUGCCAAAAGGACAAAGAACUCACACGCUUGCAGGAGAAGAGGAACAAGAGCAUUGAGCAUCAUCGCAGCCAAAUUGAACAAGAGAAGAAAGCAAUAAGAAGAAAGCAACUUGAGCGAGCUUUCCCUCUCAACCAACUCAUGAAAUCAUUCCUUGGCUUUCUCCAGGCCCAGCCAGCAGAUACCAAGAAAUACUUCCUGCAGUGGAUGAAGGUCUUUGUGGAUGAGCUGUCUUGUGGUCGCCUUGAAGAACUGAGGAGAGACUAUCACAAGUUAUGGUCUGAAAUCCUGACAAGAGAGAAAAGCAGGAAAGAAACCUGUGUGGAUGAUGAGUUGCCGAAUCUCAUUGAUGCCCUGUCUGAUGAAAUGAAUGAUUCAUCCAUCGGCCUGGAGCACCUUCUGCGAGAGGCAGGGCAGAUUUAUGAAGCUCUGCAAUUAAUGAACUCCCAGAAUGACAAUUUUGAAAAACUGCCGGAAAUUGCAGCAGAGCUGAUGGUUUCAGGGUAUCCUGUGGAGCUGAUGGAUGGGGACGCUUCUUACCUGCCCUUGCGCUGGGUGGAAGCAAUCUUUGACAGCUUAAUUGAGAGGCUGGGGGACAAACGAGUGUUUGUGCUCUCCGUGCUGGGCAUCCAGAGCACGGGCAAGUCCACCCUGCUGAAUGCCAUGUUUGGUCUGCAGUUCAACGUCAGCGCAGGGAGAUGCACCCGCGGAGCCUUCAUGCAGCUCAUCCCAGUGGGAGAGGAGCUGCAGCAAGACUUGGGCUUUGAUUUUGUGCUGGUGGUUGACACAGAGGGACUUCGUGCCAUCGAGAUGGCCAAUAAACACUCCCUGAACCAUGACAACGAGCUGGCCACCUUUGUCAUUGGUGUUGGCAACUUGACUGUGAUCAAUAUCUUUGGAGAAAAUCCAUCAGAAAUGCAAGAUGUUCUCCAGAUCGCUGUGCAGGCUUUCCUGAGGAUGAAGAAAGUCAAUCUUUCCCCAAGCUGCCUCUUUGUCCACCAAAAUGUGGGAGAAGCAACUGCCAAGGAGCAGAACAUGGAAGGUCAAAGGCGUUUGCAGGAAAAGCUGGAUGAAAUGACCCGAGUAGCUGCUCAGCAGGAAUUCUGUGACAUCUCCUCUUUCAGCGAUGUCAUUGGCUUUGAUGUCAACACCCACAUUCACUACUUUGCUCACCUGUGGGAAGGAAACCCCCCAAUGGCACCACCCAACCCCAAAUACAGCCAGAACGUCCAGCAACUCAAGAGCAAAAUCCUCCAGGCUGCCAAGAAGCAGUCGCAGCGCAGCAUUUUGAGACUCUCGAGCCUGAAGGAUCGUAUUGGUGACCUCUGGAAUGCUUUGCUGAAUGAAAACUUUGUUUUCAGCUUCAAGAAUUCCCUGGAGAUUGCUGUCUACAGGAGACUGGAAAGUGCCUUUAGUCAGUGGACCUGGAGGCUGAGGAGUCACAUCUUAGAUGUACAGAUGAGACUGGACAACAAAAUUCGGAAUGGGGACUUGCAGAAUGUCACCAGAGGACACCUUGAAGGGCUGGUGCAAGAGACAAGUGAUGCCAUUGAGAAAGAAAUGGAAAAGUAUUUCAGGGAAGACAAAGACUGUGAGACACUGGUCCAGUGGAAAUACAGCACAGAGCUAAAGCUGAAAGAACUAAAAGAGACUCUUCUCCAUGAAACAAAAAAGAAAUGUGAGAAUCUUAUUGAGCUGCAGAAGGAGCAGAGGAAACUGGAUGCAAGGAAGUUGGAAUAUGAAAAUGAGCUCCUAAGAAAGAGCAGGGAGCUGGCUGUGAGUCUGAAAGGCAAGAGCCUCAGUGAGAGAGAACUGAAGGACAAGUUUACUCCUGUCUGGAACGCGUGGAUUGCUGAAGUCCCCCGUGAUGCUCAUCGUCUAGAACGGGUGGAUAUUGAUGCAGAAAUCGAAGAUGUCCUUGUAGAGCACUUUAAGGAGCCGGGUAUCCAUGCACGGAUCAAGUCAUCUCCCAAAGGCAGAGGGUUUUCUUUUGAUCCAGAGAAACACAUCAUGAAGAAAAAGCAUUAUCACCUUUUCCAAGGUUCCUGGGGCAUUUCCAUAUCUGAUGUGAUCAACUUUCAGCACAUCACAGACAACAUCAUAGCAUCUGUGAAGGCAAACAUUGAUAAGAAGGAAGAGGAGAAACGCGAUUACAGUCGAAGUUUUAUUCAUGAAAUACUCAAUGAAGUACAGGAAGGUGUGAACUCUGUCCCCAGCAAUGCAGAAUGUACUUUUAACAGAGCAUACAGCAUAGAUUUGUCUCUGUAUCUGUGCAGAAUGGCAGCAGAAAGGUUUAAAGCCAUGCACGAAGCAUUCCGAAAGGCAAAUGACCCAGUUGUGUACCUGAGCAGCAAGAGAGAAGAGUUCUUCCAUUGUUUCCAGAUUUCCUGCCAAGGAGCCACUUCUGUCACAACUUUUGCUGUUCUCCUUUGUUACAAGAUUGAACCAGCUCUUCGCCGUGCUGUCUAUGAGAGGACAGCUAAAGACAUUGCUGUGGACAUGCAGGACAAACUCCCAGAUUUCCAGGGCAACAGAGCCAAUCUGGAAGUUUGCAUCCUGAAAUACCUUGCAGAACAGGAAAAUUUUGAGUAUUUCAAGCAGUACCUUACAUCUCCAAAACAGUUUUUUGAGAGUUACAUUGAGAUACGAGUUAGGGAGCACUGUUUAGAUGGGACUGGGAAGCUGAGGAAUUUUUUAGCUUCCUCCCUUGAUCAUUUCCAUAAUAAAGUCCGGUCAGCCAUUUCUUCCUCAACCCAAAUUGUUAAAGACAGAAAAGACAGAGAAGACAAAAUCUCUCUCUGGCUGGAUGAAUUUUGCAGGGAACUGUCAGAGGUUAUCAACUUGCCCAGAAGUGACCUGAAGGGCAUCGAGCACCAGGAGGUCACAGACAUUGAGUUCCUGAGCAGGGCCAUGGCUGAAGCUCUGGAUGAUCUGAAGGAGAAGCUCAUGGAAGAAUUGUCUGAAGCUGACCUGAGCUCGUUUUCAAGGCAGCCUCACACCAUCCUGGCGGAGCAUUUUUCGGGGUGCUGGGCACAGUGUCCCUUUUGUGGGACUGUCUGCACAAACACAAUGCGGGAUCAUGAUGGAGACCAUCAGGUGGUCUUGCAUCGCCCACAAGCUUUGAUGGGAUGGACAUGGGUGGUACGCUUUUUUUUCUUUGAGUUUGGUACACACAAACUGGUCAUUGACAUUUGUUCCAGCCUUGUUGCAAGUAAUUGUAAAUUCAAAAGUGAUUGUGGGCGAUGGAUCCCCUACAAGAGAUACCGGGAUGCGGGACCUCCUUAUUCCACUUGGAAUAUUCUUCCUGAUUCAUCCAUGCAGGUGUACUGGAAGUGGUUUGUGUCUCGUUUCAGCACACAACUGGAAGCUUUGUACGAUCAGAAAUUUGAGGGCAAAGGAAAAAUCCCUGAGUCGUGGCGGAGAAUUACCAAGCAGGAAGCAUUGUCCAAGCUGGACAAGCAUUAGGCCAUGUCCAUGGGAAGGAAGAAUCACAAGAGCUUUGUAGUUUGGGAGAACUUUGUACCAGGCUCUCCACAAAAUGCAGAUACAAUGACAACGCUCUCAUGCCCAGUGAAGACAAUGGUGUAGGAACGGCAGCGGGGUAGGAUGGUCAGGACAGAUGGAGACGAGAGAUCUCUGAAGCCUGGUCAUGGAACUUGCAGUUUAUUGCAAAGGGCGUGGGUGGACAGGCCCUGCCUGGAGCUGCCAGCCACAGCUCAGAGCAGGCCCGAGAGAAGUAAAGAGAUUGGUAAAGAGAAAGAAGGCAAGAGUGUGGUAAAGAGAGAA